AUGAAGUUCCUCUCAGCCCUCCUUCCACUCCUUACCCUUGGGCUAGCUUCGGCUGCCGAUGUCGCCAGUGAGCCUGCCGCCGCCCCGGAGAAGGUUGUCAAGGCUCUGAACGUGUCGCUCGGCGUGCAGUUCGUCGAUGCUGUCCCCGAGUUCGGCAUCAAGGCGAUCAAUGGCGUCCCAACUAAGUUGAACCUCCACAUUGUCAACAAUGAGCCGGAAGACAUCCGUGUCCAGCUCAUCCAAGGGUCGCUAAAGACCCCCAAGGGCGUCGAAUUGAGGAACUUGACGGCUUCGAAGGUCGGGGUAAAACUCGGAAAGGAUCAGGCUAUUGAUAUACCAUAUCAAUUUACGACUGAGAUGCAUCCCCAGGAUGUCAUCUUCAACCUCAAGAUGUUCCUUAAGACCCCCGAGGGUCUGGCCGUCUCCCAGUCUGCGUUCAACCAGACCAUCUCGAUCGUUGAGGCACCCACCUCGCUCUUUGACCCCCAGGUUCUUUUCUUGUACCUCCUUCUCGCAGCCGGUUUCGGUGCCUCAGCCUACUUUGUCUACAACACUUGGCUCGCUAGCGUCAUCCCCAAGACCAAGCGCUCCGGUUCCGACCAAGUUCGCCUUGUCCGCCCCGCUCCCACUCUUGCCGCCACCAGUGCCGGCUCAUACGAUGAGAGCUGGAUCCCGGAGGGCCACAUCAAGAAGCCUGCUACUACCCGUGCCAGAAGCGGAACCCCCAAGGGCGCCAAGAACAGGAAGGGUGGUGAGUAA